AUGUGCCUAACAUUUGACUUCAGAGUUUCAAAUGGUCCCUGUUAUCACUUGUAUGGUGACCCAGCCUACAGCUUAUCAGAUUUUAUAAUGGUGUCAUUUGACAGGUUAUCAUCAGAUGAAAUUGAUCUAGAGAUUAUUAAGAAGAUGUCUACUAUGCAAGUUAUGGUUAAACAUGAGUUUGUUUAUGUUAGAAGUCUUUAUGCUUUCUUAAAGUAUUUGCAGACACAGCAAAGUGGACACUUUUCCAUUGGCCAAUACUAUGUGGUAGGAACAUUCUUGAAGAACAUUUAUAUUUGUUUUAAUGAUAGUAAUCAAACCAGCAAAAAGUGUGAUAUCCCUCCACCUUCUCCAGAGGACUAUAACAACGGCCUUGUUUGUGAAUAA